AUGGGCUCUGUCACUACAAUCUGCACUGACCUGGCUAGAAAGUUAAUAUCGCAAGAUGAGCUUGAAGAGACAAGAAAAGCAAUAAGAGAUUGCCAGACUGCUGGAGUAAAUGUCAAAUUCAUAUCACAAGACGAUAUUUCAGUGGUGAGAGCUGCAGCUAUUGAAUUUGAAAUCCUCACAAAAAAUUCUGAGGCAGCGAUGCUUAAAGGCGAAGACUUUCAAAAUUUCUCCGAAGAAGAGAGGAUAGGAAUGGUGGAUCAGAUCACUGCAAAAGGCAACUGUCUCCCAUCUGAUAAGCUUCUUCUUAUGCAGUGCUUGAAGAAGAAAGGAAACGUGGUUGCACUGACUGGAGCUAAUGAUCUUCAUGACACUCCAGCAUUGAGACAAGCAGACAUUGGCUUUGUGAAGGCAGACUGGAGCACAAAAAUGGCAAGAGACUACUUAGACCUCAUGGUAUGGGACGGAACUUGGAGCCCAGUUCCCAACAUCAUAAAAUGCGGUCGAUGCUCAUACGAAAACAUUCAGAAAUUCAUCCAACUAGAGCUAACCAUGAUCCUAUCUGGGUUAUCGACAACUACCAUCUUAACAAUACCAUCAGGAGAAGCUCUUGUGACACCAAUUCAGUUGUCCUGGACUAGCUUGAUUGUGCCUGUCCUCAGCGGCAUGGCUGUGAUCACCGAACCACCUGGAGAAAAACUAAUGAACAGGUCUCCAGUUCAGAAAACAGAACCACUUAUAACCAAGGCCAUGCGGAGAAACAUCAUAGCUCAAGUUGUUUAUCAGGUUGUGUUUUUUCUGAUAGUCCAAUUCAAAGGACAGGUGAUUUAUGGCACGGACCAGAAACUCAGGAAAGCUAUGAUGUUCAAUAGUUUUGUUCUUUUACAGGUUUUCAAUCAAUUCAAUUCCAGGGAGAUUGAGAAGGUUAAUGUGUUUAAAAACGUUCAUCAGAACUAUUGGUUUUGGGUGGCGACAUGA